GGAGCCGCCUCCGGGCGGUGGGACCGCGGUGGCAGCGCGGAGCCCAACAGGUGAGGGUGAAGGGCUGCCGGGGGGUGGGUGAGGCUGGGAGGGGGUCCGACCGUUCCAGGUGUGCCGGAUCCCCUUCGGGCUGCUGACACCCGCGUGUCUUUGGCCGUGCGGGAGCGUGGGGGCGUCCCUUUAUCUCAACGGGAUCUGCUCCGCGUGGCAGCGCUGUGAGCGUCUUUAGUUGUUUGAGCACGUUUUGUCCCGAGGGCUCCGCGAGGUCAGGCUGUGCCCCGAGGUAAGUCCGGGCUGUGGGGCUGCGGGUGUUGAUGGAGCGGUCGCUCAGCGCUGCUCACGCUGACAUUGGCCCAUCGCUUUCCCUCUGCAUGAGAGCCGCACGCCUGCAGAGGUCGGGCAGUAACGGAGCGCUCCUGGGAAUCUGAACAGCUACGGGGAUGGGAAUGCAAAGUGCAGCUCGGCAGCAGCGCCGACCUUGCUGUGCAGCACGGUUGCUGAAGGCCAAAGCGGGGCCUCCGUGUCACUGCAGUGCUUUAUCUGGGGUGACGGCGUGGUGGAUGUGCAUUUUGCAACAGUGCUGUGGCUUGAUAAAUCCCCGCUGUCUGUAAUGCAUCCCCGAUGGCGAUUAGAAAUGGAGCUCCCCAUUAGUUGCCCUUCUCCCUUCUGCGAGGUCAGGCAUUGCUAUUGCUGCUCUUAGAGGGCAUCUGAGCGCUGCCGGAGCUGCACGAGGCUGCAGGAAACCUGCCCAGGUCUGCUCAGCCCCACACCUUCCUGCCCUCUGGUUGUGCCUCUGUUUGUGUUGUUCAUUCAGCAGAACUGUUCGCUCUGGAUCUGUGGGAUAUACACUGAAUAAACCUUCCGAGCUGAGGAGCUGAUGGUGUAAUUCAGUUAUCCUUGGGGGCAUUCUGAAAGGAUGGAGGCUUCCUGAGCUGCUCUGCAAGGAGAGCCUGGUGGAAAAUCAGGUUGGAAAAACAGCAGUGUUUGGUAGCCAGAGGGGGAAGGCUCCUCAGAGCCUCUGAAACGUGCAGACAGAGCUGAUGAGAGGGUCAGAAGGCAGAGAUCAGAGGGGGAUCAGAACACCAGAACGGAGGCAGGGGGGCGAUUUGGUGCUGCCUUUGAGGCGACGGUUCAGAGCACGGAUUGGUGUUGUGAUGAAAACACACAGCCUGCAGGCUGAGCUCGGCCCGAGCACCGUCCUCACCUCGCGUGGGAGCAGAGCUGCCUCUGCUCAUCACAACUUGUUGGCACGGAGCUGUGCUGGAGCCCACAUCCAGGAGAUGCAGCGCAGCUCUGGGCAGGCAGGGAGCUGAGGUGGGGAUUAUUCCUCCUUCAAGGAAGAGCCUUUCUGUUACAUCCAGGCUGCUUCUCAGAAAUUCCCUCUCCCAGCUCUCAGGACCCCGGGGAAGCACUGAUAAGGAGGACUGGCUCAACAGGUUUGCAGCUCUGCAGAAACCUCAUGGACUUGUUUACUCUGGAAAACACUCCUGGGUGACUUUGGCUUCGCUUUUCUUUCUCCUGAAAGCUCACUUUCCCCAUUAGAAGUCCAAGACGUGCAGGCAGGCGGGCCGUGCCCCGCUGAGCACCUCAGCACUGUGAUGAUUCCCAUCUGCUUUGAGCUGCGUGCCCUCAGGGGCCCCGUGAGCUGACCCCAAUGGGCCGUGUCUGUCUGCACUGCUUUCUAUGCUCCUUCAGACACCACGCAGUGCAGCACAGCGGUGCUGAUGUGUUCCCAGAGGCCGGGCAGGCUGGCAGCUCCCAUGGUUAUUAUUGGCUCCCAAACCAGUUAGCUUGAACCUGGCCGUGAUACGUCUGCGUUAGGCUGUGGUUGUGCCAACGUCUGCAGUGUGGAGAAGCCUGAACCCUCCUCUGGAUCUCCACUAACACCCAUUUAUGAGCCACAGGUCGGCCUCUGUGCCAUCCAGCAGCACAGGGCUGCCCUCUGGCGCGGGUGGAAGAGUUUCACUGUGUAGUUUUGCCUUAAUAAACACCCCAGAGAAGUUUGCUUCUGGGAGGGGUCGAGCCCUUAGCAGCCCACGUAGGAAGAAAGUUGGCAUGUGUUUUUUGAGCCGCAGCAUCUCUAUUAUCAAAGACCACUGACUGCUUCUGAUGCCUUAUUUACAAGGCAUGGCCUGUUACACUCAAAGCCUGGAGUCUUCUGGCUUGUUUCUCAUUGGAAAUAACCUUGGUGGUGUUCCCUUGCAGAUGAGCAAAGACUUCCCCAGCCGAGGUGGUGCAGAGGCUCCUGAUCCAGCCCAGCAGCUCGGUGCAGGUGUGGGAUGUGGGCCGGCCGGUGCUCUGUGUGAGCAGCCAGGAGCUGCCAACCCCUUCAUGUUCUUUGUCCCAGCAGCACAGCAUGCCGCCAUCCCUCCUGCCAAGGCACAGCCCCAAGGAAGGCUCUGACCACCUCCUGGAGGGCAGCACUGGCCGCAAUGAAGGCGACCCACUCCCCCUAGCAGGGGCUGAUGGGGAGGAGGAGAAGCCCCUCCUCGCUGCCUGCGAUGCCCACCUCCAGCUGCCCGACUUCUGCUGCAGCCUUCCCCAGGACUUCAUCCCCACCCUGGAGGAGAUCGAGGAGUUCCUGAGGGAGAAGGCUGAGUUCCUCAGGGAUGGAGCGAGCGAGCAGCACGCGGCUGGAGGGAAGGCCAGGGCUGAAUCUGAGACCGGUUUGGGUGGCUCUGGGGGACAUCCAGUUCCAGAAGAUGGCUCAGAUGGUUCCCAGCCUGGAGGGGCAGCUGAUGGCAACGACCAGGGAGCAGCUGAUGGGGACGUUCCCGUUGUCCUCCAUAUGCAGCCUCUCCAGCUGGAUAACAGCAGCCUGCUGGCACAGCGUGCUGUCAGAGUGACCCAACUGGUCAUCAGCUUACAGGGACAAAACCUAUCCCUCCUUCCUCAGCUCCAGCCCCCCGUGACCCUCUUGGACCAAAAGUACAUCAAGAUUGCCCCACAGCCCAACCCCACGGGACCAGGGAUGCUGGGGGGUGUGCAGAAGCAGGAGGCAGCCCCUGUGUGUCCGAAAGCCCCCACAGCCCCUCUGCAUGUCCAUAAGUGCCCACACCCGGGCUGCAGCAAGGUGUACACCAAGAGCUCCCACCUGAAGGCCCACAUCCGCCGGCACACCGGGGAGAAGCCCUACAGCUGUGCCUGGCCUGACUGCGGCUGGAGAUCUCAAUGGAUAUCACAAGGAAAACUGGUGCUGGCAGCACUGAGCUGCCUUGGUUUCUUGUGCAACGCCUUGGCACCACCUCACUGCCCUGAUUCCCUGCACGGUGGAGGAUGGCUGCUGCCUCAGGAGGAGCUGAGACUUUGGAGCUCACUUCUUGCAAUAGAGCUGGAAAAGAUGUGGUUGGGCUGUGUGGAUGAACUGAGGACGGCCUUGGGAUGCAUUUAAUCUUCACAGAGCUUUUGAAGGGCAAGCGUAGUGUUUGCUGUACCAGGUGUGAGCGUGAGAUCCUAUUGCUGGGAGUCUGGGGUUACAUCUGAAGCUCCUUGCUUUGUGCUUCACUGCGUGGGCACGUUUCAGCCAGAUGGAAAAACCCUCCCGUCCUAAUACUCCUGCCAUCUGUGUUGGCUCCGUAGAGGCAGAACAGGAGUAAAUCCUGCCCAGUCCUCUCCAGCAUUCCCCUGGCACAGCAAAGCACGCUGCAGUCCCACCAACUCACUGAGGCCAUUGAGGUGGCGCUUUGGAAGGGCUGAGCAUCACCUCCCUGCUCCCUGUUGGAGCCGCGUGCCGAGCAGAAGGGCGCAGGAGAACGGAGCAGGGACGUGCAUGUGGCUAAAGGGACUUCCCAGGUGGUGCAGCUGAUUUGCACCAGGUGUGGGUAUCGCACAGCCAAGAGCAGUGUGAGCACUGGGUAUUCCUGCAGUCCUUGCUGCUGCAUCCUCAGUUGAUUCGCUUUGGCAUGGUGGCUGCGUGUGCUGUUCCUCCUCUGUGCUCUGUGCUAAGCCAGCUUGCAGGCUGCUCCUCUCUCCCAGCCCUGACACUGACAACCCGCAGCCAUUCUGAGAACCAAGGAGAAUGCGUGCUCGGGACAAACUGGCCUUCUCUCAGUGCAUUUCUGGCUAGAUGUGUGAAGCAGUGGGAACCCUUUGCCACUCUGAACUCCAUCCUCACAUCCCUUCCAACCUGAGCUGAUGCCCCAAAGAGCAGCCCUCAGCAUCCGUCCUCGGGGCCAUCAGCUCUCCAAAGGUAUCCUUCCCGUGAGCACACAACAGAGGAAGGAAGCUGGAGAGCAAGAAGGAUCUCGGUGGCCGUAUCCCUCUCUUUCCUAUCCCUGAACCGCUCCUCCGUGAGGUUUCCUCCUUCCUGCUCCCUCCGGGAGGAGCCUGGGCUGCCAUGCACUGCCAUGCACAGCGGCUGCGCCCUCCAAGCUGCCCUUCUCCCGCAGGUUCUCCCGCUCAGAUGAGCUCUCCCGACACAAACGCUCUCACUCCGGGGUCAAACCCUACCAAUGUGCCGCCUGCCAGAAGCGCUUUGCCCGCAGCGACCACCUGGCCAAGCAUGUGAGGAUCCACCGGGACCAACCGGGCAGCAAUGGGAUGUAGGGCUGAGCCGGUGACCUGGUGGCGGUGCAGGAAGGAGGGCCGAAGAGGAGAAAUGGUUUUGUUGUUGCAGCAGGCGGUGUGUUGGAGCUCUCCUCAAGGAUGGGCCGCAUUCAGGGUUUGUUUCUUUGAAUUACACGUGGUGGAAAUCUA